AUGAAAGAUUUAUUGGUUCAGUUAGAUGGUUUACCGUAUGAAAUUCUUACGUAUAUAUUUAAAAAAUUGUACAAUCAUGAAGUACUUUAUUCUUUAAUGGGUGUCAAUCAACGAAUCAAUAGAAUUGCACAUGAUAGAACUUUUACUCGUCAUUUGCGUUUACUGGAAUAUUGUCGAAUCGACGAUUCUUCCCUUCCAUUAUCAGAUUCAAUACUUAAUCGAUUUUGUUCAACAAUUUUACCUGAAAUUGGACAUCAAAUUGAAACUCUCUAUCUUGAAGGAACAUCGAUAGAACGUGUUCUUCAUGCUACAAAUUAUCCUAAUUUAAAUAAUCUUGGUUUAUGUGAUAUUGACGACAAACUGGCUAUGUCUUUCUUUUCUGGUAAGAGACUUUCUUUAAUUGAUUUCAUUGUAGAAUUUUAA